AAUCCAAAUGUCGAAGGACCAGAAAGAUUUAUUAUUCCCGCUUCAGCUGUUGCUCCUGCAGUUGACUACGAGAUGCAGGAAAUCACCGUCAUGUAAAAGCCACAGGGAACCCAUAUUACUGAAUUAUAAAGUAUACCAAAGGAAGCCCAAUAUCUAAGAAAGAUGACAACCAUGUUAUUCAAAACAGGGCCUGAAAAGUUACACUAAUAUGGGAAUAGAAGGCAGCAAGCUGGGCCUUGUAGCAAGCAUUUCACUUAUUCAGUUUUUACCAGUCAAACCUAUGUAUACAAUAGAGGUUUUGCACCAUCACGUGCCAACGCCUAUAAUACUGCUUGGGCCCUCAUGUGGUUAGAUGGCCCUCAUGUGGUUAGAUUAGAAAAAUAAAAUCCAUUUGCUCUUGG